AUGGAUUUUCGAUUUAAUUUUUUUAUUGAUGAAAAUGAGAACAAUGAACCAGACACUCAGAAUAAGAUGGAUUUACAGAUGUGCUCUCCAAAACGGAAGCAGGAAUCUGCAGAAGAGAGCAAAAAAACUGCUGCUACCGUAGCAGACUCCAGCCCAAAGGUGGGUACAAGUAAGCACCAAGAUGAGACACAAUCAAAGCAAAAGUUGUGCGUUAAAGCUGCCAAGGAGCACGAGAUUCCUGAAGAUCUCAACAAAGUACUGGAAGACAAAGUCAUGGAAACAGUAUCAGACCUGUAUUACGUAAAGAUGUCUGUAGUGGAAACGAUGUGUUUGGACGGCGCUGAUGAAGAAGGCAUCGUGGCUAAAAGUGUUGCUUCUCACUCCGAUCUCAUCCCGGGAGUCUAUGAGGGGGGGAUGAAAAUCUGGGAAUGCACCUUUGACCUCAUAGCCUACCUUUCUGAGGCUGAAAUACAGUUUACCAACAAGACUGUAUUGGAUCUUGGCUGCGGGGCUGGGCUGCUGGGAAUAGUUGCUUUAAGAGGAAAAGCUGAAAAAGUCCAUUUCCAGGACUACAACAGCACAGUGAUUGACAAAAUAACCUUGCCUAAUGUGGUGGCUAACUGUAUGAAUGACAGCAGCAGGACAAGCAGUGGAGGCAACAAGAAAACUACCAAGCCUCCUUUGAAGAGGCUGAAGAAAGCAGAGUGCCUACCUGAUGCGCUCACCAAAUGCAGAUUUUUUUCUGGCGAGUGGUCUGAAGUCAGCCAGCUCUUGUUAAGCAGCAACGAACCCUUUUCAAAGUACGAUAUCAUUGUCACAUCCGAGACCAUCUAUAACCCUGAGUACUACGGUGCUUUGCAUGAUACACUGGCUCGGCUCCUGGAUAAAAAUGGCCGUGUGUAUUUGGCAAGCAAAGUCUACUAUUUUGGGGUUGGUGGAGGUACCUACCUCUUUGAGAAAUUCAUUGAAGAGAGAAAUGUGUUUCGAGCCACCAUAGUUAAAACAAUUGAUAAAGGACUGCACCGAUAUAUUAUAGAAAUGGCUUUUAAAGAUUCCAAUUAA